AUGCCGCAUAUUCGAGCACAUCGACAUCGAACUACGGUAAAAACAAAAACAGACAUGUCCACAACAACUGUUUUACUCAGUAUUCCACCACGUUUACAAUGGAAACAUGGAAAUGGUUUCUGUGGCGAAGUAUCCAUUCAAUCGAUCGCUCUCAAGUACGGUGCUUGGAUUUCUCAAGGUCUGAUCCGUAAAAUUAAUAAAGGUGAAUAUCUCUUGCAACCAGUAUCGUCCGGAGAUCGUCGAAAUCCAUUGCAAACUUUGACACAACUUCAUCUGACAUAUGACGAAUGGAAUUGGAAGGACUCUCCUCAACCACAAUUCCGUCAAUUUUGCCAGUGGAUGAAACGAUCAAUUCUACAAGGACAUCCGGUCGUAUUUGGCAUCUUUCUUCCUGACGACGAUUGUGACGAUUAUGAUCAUAUUGUUCCUGCAGUUGGCAUAAAAUAUGAAAAUGAAGAUGAGCAUGAUCCGGAUCAUGAUAAACUCAUCUACUAUGAUUUAUACGAACUUCAACAAAUCGAAAAGGGUUUAAACGAAAAAGAAUUUGCAGCAACACGAGCAAGUAUUGCUGAUAAAGAAGAUGCUGACGACGGAUGUUUACCACUGAAUGUCGAUUAUGGUAUUGCUAUCACGGGGAUCAUCGAUAAGGAUGGAGUAACAUUACCAGUUCAUUUAUCUGUUUCGGCAUGUGAUGAACCAGUACCAUAUUUUUUCCUUGAACCGCGAGAGAUGAACGGAACUGUCACUGUCAGCGGCUUGUCAGUGGGCAACUUCUAUGCUCUGUUAAGGUAUUCUUCGUAUAAACAUGUUCCAACUGGAGGUGAUGCUGAUGCCUUCCUCCAAUCGAGCUAUGAUGAGAUACAUGUAUUUAUGGCAAUGGAAUCAAACUAUGUCUAUGACGAUCCAAAAACAAUACCAUCACACGGAUCUGUUUACUAUCGAUGUGUAAUCAUACCUGAAUAG